AUGUCAGUCGAGCCCUCACGCUACGGCCCCGACUUUCACUGCAUCACUGUUUCACGUGAUGUCUUUGAAGUGCGCUCCUACUAUACAAAUUUGCGUCCUGUAGGUGGUGGAUCAUACGGCAUUGUAUGCUCUGCCGAAGACACGCUGCGUGGACGAAAAGUCGCCAUCAAGAAGAUCACUGACGUGUUUGAUGAUCUCACAGAUGCCAAGCGCAUCUUGCGCGAAAUGAAGCUGCUUCGACACCUUGGGAUACACGAAAAUAUCAUUAACAUUCUGGACGUUAUUUUGAUUCCACCUAAUGUCAUGGACUUUGACGACAUCUACAUCGUCACUGACCUCAUGGAAAGCGAUCUCGAACGGAUCAUAAGUUCUUCACAGCCACUUUCAGACGCACAUUUUCAGUAUUUCUUAUACCAAAUCUUGCGUGGUAUGAAAUUUGUGCACUCGGGAAAUGUCUUGCAUCGUGACCUCAAGCCAUCAAAUCUGCUCGUGAAUUCAAAUUGUGAUUUGUCCAUUUGUGAUUUUGGAUUGGCACGAGGAGUGGAGACAGCACACAAUGAGGAUCUCACUGAGUAUGUUGUUACACGCUGGUACCGAGCACCAGAACUUCUUACAGACUGUCAAAACUACAACGACGCAGUUGAUGUUUGGGCAAUUGGAUGCAUUUUUGCCGAAAUGCUACGUCGUCGACCAUUCUUCACAGGCCGGGAUCCCUCGGAUCAACUGCAUAUGAUAAUUCGUGUGCUUGGAUCACCUACUGAAGAGGAAAUGGCUUUUGUACCACAUGAAGCUGCCAAACGUGCGAUCCUGCAGCACGGAUUCUAUCCAAAGCGUCCAUUGAUGGAAUUCUUUCCGGAUGCCAAUCCACUGGCGGUGGAUUUGCUUUCUCAAAUGCUAAAAUUCAACCCAGCCGAACGCAUUUCUGUUAUGCAGGCUUUGGCACAUCCGUACUUGGCACAGCUUCAAAACCCUGCCGACGAGCCAGUGUGCUCUGCACCUUUCAACUUUGAUUUCGAGCGCGAGUCAUUAGUUUUGGGCGUCGAAAUGCCCAAGACGGAGUUACAGCGUCUAGUUUUUCAGGAAUGCAUGUCGAUCCACCAAAUGGAAGGACACCAUAUGCAGUAA